AGGAAAGCCGACCAUUGGCGACGUUCCUCCCGAGUUGCUAAGCAACCCUGGAAGGCAAGCUGCGCGCUCUCCGGCGGCUUUUCGUCAAAAGGGGUUCGGCGAGACGAGCCGGAACAGAAGAGAAACCGAGUGUUCAUCCGCCAGCAAGUCCUGAGCAGGUGUGCAGACCUUUCGUCUGUGUGUCUGUCUACCCCCACCUCCUCCACAACACCCUCCAGAUGAUGUAGAUACUGAAUCCUUCAGAAAACCUCUAGAACGUAACUUGUAGUUCGUGUGGCCCCUCCUGUCCCGUUUUUGCUUCUUUUGGUCUACGCUCAUCGUCUACCUUAAUCUUCUCAACUAAUAGACAACAUCUAAUUGAGCAGUCAUGGCUGCGUUUGUGGCGAAACAGAUGAUUGGGAGCAAACUCAAUGCUGCUAAAGGUGCGGUUGGAAAUGACGAAGAAGGAGGCACUUCAGAAGAUAAAGAUGCUGCUGAUGAGGAGGAACAGGAACGAUUGGAAGCCUUACGUGAGGCCGAAGAACGGAGGAAAGAAAAACACAGAAAGAUGGAAGAAGAACGAGAAAAGAUGAGGCAAGAAAUCAGAGAUAAGUAUGGUAUUAAAAAGAAGGAAGAAGUCCAACAGGAAGAUCCCUUUGCAGAUAUGGAAGGGAGCAGUCUGAACCGGAAACGGAAGACACCCGCCGAAUUGGCUGCUGAGGCGGAAGCGGAAGAUCAAGAUGAAUUCACUAAGUUGAAAAAUUCUCUUGAAUCGCAAGUAAGCGAGCUGAAGUCUUCUAUAGAGGGAAAGUGUAACCUCCAAUGAAGUGAUUUCCUGCGUCUCCUUAUAUCCCGUUAACUGAAAUAUUUACUUUAACCACUUUGUUUUUUGAAACAGAAAAAAAUAGUCACAAAAUAGACAUGCAAUAAAUUAAUAUUUAAAGAGGUCACGUUAUAAAAAUACAAGCGGCAUAAAUGUCUGGCAUAAAAAUUCAAGUAAAUUUUUUAGCCUAAAACUAAGAACAUACUUUUUACCAAAUUAAUAAAUAAAAAUUUGAUAAACAAGAAUUAUAUUUUUAAAAAGAAAUAAGCAAUCGUAAGUCACGUUUGUUUAAUAAAAUAAAAGAAAGUCAUUGGAUUUAAAUACUGAAUGUUCAUUAAUUUAAAAAAAAUAUCCCUUAAUUAUACUCGUAUACAAAUUUCUAGAAGUAGAAACUUAAUAAUUCCGGCCAAUUAUUUAGAUGAAGUCGAAAAUCUUCAUGAAAAUUGUUUGCCUUUUCGUUUCUUAUACAUUGCAUGCUAAACACAGACUUUUAUAAAAUUAGAAUUUACUAUUUUCCGAUACAGAUUUCUUAUGGAAAGCCAUAUAGUUAAAAUUCUGCCCAUUUUAUAUUACAGUUAGUUAUUAUAAAACUUUUUACAAAAACUCUUAACUAAAACGUUAUUUAAUGGCACAUAUCUUAAUACCCGCAUAUCAAUUUAUUUUGAUAAAAAUCCCUUUUCAUUUCACUGUUUUAAAAAUAUUCUCAGGCUUUUUUAUGCUUCUAUAAGCUUGAAUGAAAUACAAAGCAAUAAUAUGAGACAUAUUUAUAUUUUUUGUAGAGUAAAAGUUCAAACUAAAAGGCAAACAAAGUUUGAAAUUCCUGCAAAAUAAUUAUAAAAAAUAAUGAUAAUCUAGUUCAUUAAAUCCUUCCACAAAUUUAAAGUAAAACAAUAUAAUAAAAUAUUUUGCUUUUUUUAAACAUAAUUUUAUUUUUAAAUUAAGAUAUUUAAGAGGCAUUUUUGGUAACUCUCUAAUUUAUUUAAAAUUUAUGGUAAUAACAAAAUGUAUUUCAGUAAAUAACGGCCUCCAAAAAUUAUUGUAACUGGGAAACACAAAAUAAUCUCUUGUUGCAAGUACCGUGAAAAAUAGUGCUUUUUAAAUGCAAAUAUUAAUUAUUAAAAUAUGAACUUGCAUUUUCAAUAGGAAAAUAUUCAUAAUAUCAUUUAUUAAAAAAAUAGGCUAAACUUAUUUUACUCUGAGAAAUUUUAAUUCUAACUCAAUGCAGUUCUGCUGCAUUACUAUAUUUCACGGUAAUUUUUCUUUUAGUAUCAAAUUUUAUAUGCAGGAGAUAUUUAAUUUUUUUUGUUAAUCUGAAUAAUUAGUUUCAGUUCGGAUAUUAAAUAAUCCCUUACCGUUUAUAAACUAUCCUAUUAUAUCCUGAACUAUUUGGAGAUACACCGCUUGUUUAACCACCUAUGAUGAGAGCUCCUGUCAAAGCCAAAGAAGGAGUAGUUAGAGCUCUACGUCCGGCCAAGACAUUCAAUUCACUGUAGCUCCGAAAAUCAAGUGUCAUAUCCUUAACAAAUCCAUGGAUUAGAAAACGAGGCAUUACGUGUAUUAAAUUGUUGAUAAGCUAGCCUACUUGCGUAUAAAGAAUAAUCAAAAUGAAUUCUGGGAAACGAGAUUUUAAGAAAACUGAUGAAGCAUAUAUGGUUUUGAAUCUAAAGUAUGCUAAAGAGCAUAUAUUGGAACUUUGUUUUGAAAUUUGACUGAGGCAUUGCCUGUAAUGUUUACAAUGGAAAAAUGAUGUUUUUUUAAACUAUGUUUUAUGACAUGCUUGUUUUGAAUUUUGAAAAAUUUUUGUAAAGUCAAAUUGACUGAAUAAUUGUGUAGUUUUACAGAUCUAAAAUCUUUAAUGCGUCCUUCGAAGUAUGGUGCUUUCUUAUUGUAAAGUUAAAGUAGUAGUAUUUGAAAAAUGUUGCUAUAAAAAUUUGAAAUUUCAAACUUUCAUAUGUUUAAUCUAGUUAAGAAUCGACGGCUGGUGUCUUUUUAUCAUAAAUAGUACAUAAAAUGUUUUUAAGGUUUAUUUAAUACUUUAGUUGAAAUUCUAAUUGUUGAUUUUUUAUCUUCUAAAAAGCAAUGAAAUUAAAACUUCUCUAACAAUUGCGCACGGUCUGUAAGGUGUAAAAACAAAUACAUCAAAGAAAUAAUUUUAAAAAUGAAUGUUUUUAAUUUAGAAGAAGUUAUCAAUGUAAUAUCUAGCACUGAAAUGUAAUGCAAAUGCCGUCUGUUGGUGAUAAGUCUGACCUGAAAGAAAGUGAUACCUGAAAGAAAGUGACCCAUCCAGUGAUAAAAAUACUCAUUUUUAAAAUAAACCAAUGAUCAUAAAUUCCAGCUGGAAUCUAAAAAUAUUAUUUGAAAAAGUACUGAGGUGAAGCUGUAAAAAGUUUUAUAUUUUGACCAAUGAAAGCGCAUAUGUUUUACGCAUGAUUUCGAUUCAUUUGUGAAUUAAUUUUUCGUGAUGUUUCUAUUUUUGCAUAAAUUAUUUUCACGAAUAGUACAUUAAUAGAACACAUUAUUUUCUUAAGAUCACAAAAGCUAAUACCUACACGAGAAGGUAGCUAUGACAUGAAGAGAAGUACUUACUUUGUUAUAAUUAGUGCUAUUUAAUAGAAGUAACUUUACAUUAGUCAACUACAGUUGUGAUAUUUUGUAAUUUGAUAUCUUCACUAUGAUUUUCGGAUAUGCAGACAGAGAAGUGGGGAAUUUUUGCUUCAUUAACUGAACGUUUAUCAGAUUGAGGCGCUUCACCAUUUCAUGAAAUUAUAGCUUCAUGAAGUGUAGCAGUAGAGAAGUCAAGGUGGAUUAAAAGCCUCUAAGAAAACAACGAAUAUUAGUGUUCUUGUCAUUAAGUUGUAGAACUAAACAAUAUAUUAUAGCAAUUGUUUUUAUGUGAAUUGUGUACUUAACAGUAAAAGACGUAUCCCAUUCCUUAGCACUGUGGUGAAAUGGUUUUGAAUAUUUGUUUAACAGUCAGAAAGUUAGAUUACAAUAUGUGAGUGUCGUUUUCAACUAUUAUUCCUGUAACUAAAAUAUUUAAUUUCCAGGAACACUGUGAUGUUUCACUAUACAUAAGUAUAACGUAGUUAUUUUAAACUUUGUUUAUUCUUAUAUUAUUACAGUCGGAAAAUAUUACAUUUUCUAUCUAAAAGUUAUUAAAGUAAAUGGUAAUUAUUCGCUCUGAUAUCCUGAAUAACCUAUGUAGACAUAUUUUACAAACAUAGUUUAAUUUAGUCUUAUUGCCAUGAAAUGUAUUAAGCAAUAAUUUAAAAAUCUUAUGACAUAUUUAACAACUCAUUCAUUAUCUGAGGAUAAAACGUCUGGCAAAUAUACCGUCAAACUUUAUUUGGGUUGAAUUUGUGUUUAUUUAAAUAUAAUACAACAUUUAAAGCUUUGUUUUAAAGUAAAAAUAUAGCCACCAGAAUUCUUCUGAAUAUAUUGUCUUCAAAAGUAUAAAGAGAAGAGAAGAUGAGCUACUAAGACUGUAGACACUAUGAUCAAGUUGCAAAUCACUGAAUUCUAAAUAUUAUCACGUUCGAUUAAUGAUAAAUACUUAUAAAACACGUUUCUUUAAUACGUGAAUUUGUAGAAAAGCUCAAUGUGACAUGUGAUGGAAUUUUAAAAAAACAAAACGUGCCAUCAAUUUUUAAAAAUAUUCAUCUGAUAAAAGAUUAUCAUUUCUUAGGAAAUAAUUAAAAAAUAUAAGAGAUUAAUCAACAAUCUUCAAAAACCGUAAAUAUCAUUGAUUUGCAACUACUUAAGAGGCUUCUAAACGUGAAAACGUGUUUGAUCGUAGCAUAGACGUAAAAGAAUCAAAUCCUAACCUUGUGUGUAUUCCCACCUGCUUAUCCCUUUUAGCUGUAUAUACAAUGAUUGUAGAGUUCUCAUAUUAUUCAAAAACGUUCACAUAGAUUUAGAGAAUACGUUUUAAAUUCCUGUGCGCCAACUCCGUACCUUUUCUUAAUCAGGCUCCUUGCAAAGGAUUG